AUAAUUAUGAUCUCAGCUCAAGAACCUCAAUUGAAAUUUCCUUUACAUACUGUUAAGCUUCCCCCAAAUGCCGCGUGGUUAAAAUGUGGCUCAUUUCCAAAAAUGGCGAGCUACGCUAUACAAUUAGCCAGUCCAAAGGCUGCUGCAGAUCCGACAAGUUACGGUGGCGAAUACUACAAAUUAGAUUAUUUUAAAGUAACUACUCAAGAAAAAUUUGGAUUUUAUGCUGAGGUUUCUAAUUUUACGAAUUAUAUUUUACCAUCGGUAUGUGGAAAACGUGGUCCUAAUGAUGAAAUCACAGCUUUCUCAACUGGUUGCAUGGUGCAAGGACCAAUUAUAUGGCCUGGAAUAUGGUGCUUAGCGAUACUUAACCAUUUAAACUUCUCACAAAAUGUCGAU